CAAUGUUUGACAAAGAACCUUUCCAGAUAUGCUGCAGAUAUUAAGUCAUUGCCGCCCAACAUAAAGGAUAAACUGAUUAAAUUAAUGAGUAGGCAAGGGCAAAUAACCGAUUCAAAUAUUGGUGAGGUGUUGCACCCUGCUGUAGAGUCGCUAGACCUCCGAGACUGUGAUAUUUCAGAUAAUGCAUUAUUGCAGCUUUAUAACUGCAAGCAACUGAAAAAAAUCAACUUAAAUUCUUGCAAAGAAAACAGAUUAGGAAUCACUUCAGAAGGUGUCAUAGCACUGGCCUUAUCCUGUCCUUACUUGCGUGAAGCGUCUUUUAAAAGGUGCUGCGAUAUAACUGACAGUGGAGUUCUUGCUCUUGCACUUAACUGCCAGUUCCUACAAAUUGUGAACUUGGGCAGCUGUUCAGGCAUCAUGGAUGCAUCCCUGCAGGCACUAGGAGAAAACUGCAAAUUUCUUCACAGUGUGGACUUUUCAUCUACUCGGGUAACAGAUGAUGGCGUUACAGCACUAGUGAGUGGAACAUGUUCAAAGAAUUUAAAGGAGAUCCACAUGGAGCGCUGCGUGAAUCUGACUGAUGUUGCUGUGGAAGCAGUCCUUACUUGUUGUCCGAAGAUACACAUUUUUCUGUUCCAUGGAUGUCCAUUGGUGACAGAUCGUUCCCGAGAUGUUUUAGAGCAGCUAGUAAUGUCAAACAAAAUCAAGCAAGUAACGUGGACUGUUUACUGAUUAUUUAUCACGUACGUAUGAGUGUAAAGUUUACAGAUGGAAGAGCUCUUUCAGAAAACGAGCACCUUGGAGAAAUAGCUGGUGACUU